AUGUCAGAUACCGAAUUAGAAAAUUAUCUUGCUUUCUCUAUAAAGCUCGCCGAAGAAUGCGGAAAAGUGAUACGCGACGCUUCAAAAGCUCGGUAUCGUAAAGUUGAAGAAGGAAGCGACAACAACAUACUUGAGAAACACGGAAAUCCAACAGAUUUGGUUACCGAAACUGAUAGAAAAGUUGAAGAAAUUGUGCUUGAUAGAAUCAGUAAAGAGUUUCCUUUACAUAAAUUUAUUGGCGAAGAGACCGUUGCGGCUGGCAUAGAAUGUAAAUUGACCGAUGACCCUACGUGGAUAGUCGAUCCAAUUGAUGGCACCAUGAAUUUCGUUCACGGACUCCCUUUUGUUGCAAUCUCGAUCGGUUUGGCAAUAAACAAAGAACCCGUAGUUGGCGUGAUAUAUAACCCAUUUAUGAACGAACUAUACACAGCAAUAAAGGGAAAAGGCGCCUACUUAAAUCACACAACACGUCUUCCCCUCUCGCAUCCACACAACCCGCUUCCACUACCACCCACCCUUUCCCAAUGCCUCGUCGUGACAGAAAUUGGAAGCGACCGAUCACCAUCAAUAAUCGAUAAAAAGAUCAAGUCAAUUCAUAAUAUGGUUUCACAGCCUGGACAGAGUAGUAGUACGAAAAAAGCAGGACUUGUGCACGGGAUACGGUGUUUCGGUAGUGCGGCUACGAAUCUUUGUUAUAUUGCUAGAGGUGAUGCGGAUCUUUAUUGGGAGAUUGGGUGCUGGGAAUGGGAUGUAGCAGCAGGAAUUGUAAUCUGUCAAGAAGCUGGCGGUAUAGUAGUCAGUGGCAACGGUCCCGACGAAAGUCCCGUGAACAUCCUUGGGCGUAAAUACUUGGCAGUUCGUGGAUGUUCCCCAAGUGCUGGCGAUACGGAUGCUAAACAAAGUCAGCUUCGUAUUGUGAGAGAGCUUUGGGAUAUUGUUGAAGAGAUUGAGA